GAUCUCAUCUCGGAUCUGAGUUGCUCGCACUUCCCUGCAGCGAUCCACUCUUCCUUGGUUUGAGUGGGUAGCUCCCCCGUCCCUAAGGGAUCCCAUAGCCAUACCUGCUGUCCUGCUCCAUUAUCGUCGCUCGUACUUCCCUUCUUACGUGCAAAUAACCCACCGAUUGCUGCGUCACACAUCACCAUAGGAGCGAAGCCACGGUUAAUCUACGCACCCAUCGUCACGACCUCUCCACCCCCGUGCACCCCAAUGUCGGCACUCCACUUCCACCGCGCCUCCACAGAUAGCUCCGGCCACACCGCCACCAAUGCUCCUACGCGCAUCGCACUAAUAGACAACACGGCGCCUGCGUCGUUUGCGCCAUCGGGCUCCGCAGAACAGAGCAGGUCCCAUUCACCAGCCGACGACGCGGCGCAGCAGGAUUCACAACCUCGUCGCUCGCUCGGUGAUGGGAAACGUGAGACGCUGAGGAAAGCCAUCGCUGAACGGAGGUACAAACGUUGGUCUGCGGCGCCUGAUGGGGCGUGUGGAGACGUUGGUGAUAGUGGUUUGGAGGAGGCGCCGGAUUCGAGGGCGGAGGGCGUUGUGGUUGAGAGGGACUCUGAGGAUGAAGGGGAGGACGGGAAGGUUAGGAGUGCCGGUGACGGCGCAGGGGGUGUAAACGUGGAUGGCAUGCGGGAUAGCGGCGUCGACAGUACACGACGAGGAAGGGAGCCUGAGCGGCAACGAGAACGGGGGCCUACAGGCAACGGCGUCGGCGGGACUGGGCAGAUGCGGCGAAAACCCGACGGCGAAAUUGAAACUGCCGAGAUCGAUGCGCUGUAUGAAAACCAACGCGGCGCAUUUUUCUGCGGAAUCCCACUAUUCUCGUCGAAGUCUCUACUUAAUUUCGAUCCCUCCGCAUGGCAGAACGGCCUCUUCCACGACUCGGCAGUCUCGAUUGUCGACGCCCAAGUACCAGAUCCCUCGUGGGCGUGGGAUUGGGCGAGUUGGUAUGUGGACAUGACAUCGGAUGUUGACGAGGAAGGCUGGGCGUAUAGCUUCAGCUUCUCGCCUGCCUUUGCGUGGCAUGGAAAUCAUGUGUGGUUUCACUCCUUCGUGCGGCGGCGACGAUGGCUGCGGAAACGCGUCAAGCUUCCGCAACGGGCAAUCAAUCCAUCUGGCGAUCCAUACGGGAAUACUGUCGAUGGCAGCGUCACUAGGGCGGGGCAUGGGAUGAACAACGAUUACUUCACCAUACAUUCGCGCAAAGAUCGAGAUUCAUACUAUGCCGGAGGAAGUCACAAACGGAAGAGUGUGCUCGAAGGCGGCAGCUGGGGUGGCACCGACGACGAAAGCGAUCAUGAGGUGGAAGUCAAGGACGUCGCCACACUGAUAAGAGUGGUCAAGAGGGCGCGACUAGACAGGGAGAAGAUUGAAGCGAUCAUGAGGUUUAUUGAAGACGGCGGCGAUGAUGUUGCUUAUCUGGCCGAAAAGAUCCCAGCUCUCAUGAGCACGAUGAUCUUCCAAGCAUCCCGACGGCAGCUGUUGGCACAUAUUCUCGACUACACAGAACAGUACGAGGCCGGAGAGGCUCCCACAAUAACAAUACAAGGACGCUCAUUGCCCGACGAGGUGCCACCCACUCCGGGAUCCACGACAUCUUCCCAACGGCCUUUAACAGAGCCCAAAGAACCUAAAGAACCCACAUCCGGGGCGGUUGUCGAGGGCAAACAUCCAAAGGAAGACAGCCCAGAGGCAAGGAGACGAAAGGUUAAAAGCCUCAAGGAAGCGUCCGAGGCGGCCGAUCAAGAGGUCAAGAAGAUGGAAUUCUGGAGUGAUGUUAAAGAUGUUGCGCGGAAAGGAGAGAGCCUCACUGCAGAGGCCCAGGCGGAGGGAUGGGGUAGGUUGGGUAUUAGUGGUGCCAGUGUAGGCAACGGGAAGGUCUUUGGCGGAGCUGGCAAUGGCGGUACGCGUGAGGAAACUGAAAGGGUUGAUCUCAAGGGGAAGGGAAAGGUGACUAUUCAGUAAUCGUUGUGGACGCUAAGUUUGAUUUAUAUCCUGCCUUUCUGUUUGGGCCACU